GCUUGAAAGGCGGAUAGCACCAACUCUUACAGUGGCAGCAUCGCCGGGGAGGCGAGCAUGAAUAACCUUCUGCGGACCUUGACCCAGAACCAGGUCAAGUCGAAUUCAGACCUCAAGCUACUCUUAACAACCGUCAAGGAGGCCCGACGACAGGGCCAUGAUAGCAAGCUUACAGAUCCUUUCUACGAUUCCCUGGAAGGACUCUUGCUAGACUUGAGAACGGUUUCAAUAGACAACCACGAUGCAGAGGCGUUCUUGAAGCCAGUUCUGAAGGCGGAAGCACCAGAUUACUACGAUGUCAUCCAUACUCCGAUGGACUUUCAAACUAUGCUCAAGAAGGUCAAACAGAAGCAGUACAAGUCAAAGAGAGAGUUUAAGGAUGAUUUGGAUCUCAUUUGGUCGAAUUGCUUGACGUACAAUGCCAACCCCAGCCACCCGCUUCGGAAAUGUGCUAUGCGUCUCAAGCAGAAAGCAGAGCGGCUCCUUCAGAACAUCACCGAUCGAAAAGAGCGGACAGACCCCCACAUUCCACUUGAACUUGCCUCUUCAUCGGGUGUCCAUACGAAACUGAAUGGUCACAUCAACGGAAUUGGGCAUGCCGUUUCAUAUACACCAACUUCAUCGAAGUCCACACCUCCGAACAAGCUUGUUCUGCCAUUGAAAAGCACGGCAUCCUUGGUCAAGGGUUUUCGGAAAGAUAUACCGUUUGCUGAUAUGCCUGCAUUGGUAAGGACAGGCAGAGGCAUGGCGUUAUUUAGAGAAUUAGAUCGUGGUUUGGAAGAGGCAGUUCAGAAGGAUGAUGCAACUAAGACAGACCUUGCGGACCGUCUUCGUCAGUUGGCGACGACAGGUUACGAAUUUUCUAUACCGGCGCUGGUCGUGUCGUCAACAGAGGGCAGAGAGGUAUCGGAGAAUGACGAAGUCUCCCCUGUACUUGGUGAAAAACGUAAAUUGAAUGGCAUCACAGACGAUUUACGGCCGCUCAAACGGCCGCGCAUCGACUCUUUCUCCUCUUCCCAAACCCUCGCACAACAACCCUCAUCUCAAUCUCAACAAUCAUCUUCGACGGCAUAUGGCCAAUCUCCGUACAUAUCCACCCCCUCAUCUGUUACAUCUACUACCCUUGCAACCACCUCCACAGCCCCUACAUCACCAGCCACUAUCUCCGCUACCCCGUCACUUUCAGUCUCUACGUUAAUCGAGCAAGACACGACACCAUUAUGGUGGUCUGCUUCUCACUCUGAUACCCUACUUGCGAAUGGAUUGCCAGAGAUCCCAUGUCGCUCAUCUUCUCCUCUGCCCUAUCAACGGAAACGAAGGCGAAAUCAAACCCUAGGCCCUAUCCCUUUGUUUCUGGGAACACUGUCCUCUUCAACGACCGUGUUGAAAUUGCCUCCUGCGCCGUCAAUACCAACGCCUACGGCGAAGCGUAAGAAAAGGCGCAAAAAGGAGCCAAGUCCUGUGGGUAAUGGGGAAACGGACGGAAAAGGAGAAACGAAGGCGGUUGACGGCGAAGAGCCCCUCUCGAAGUCUCUUUUAUCGUUGAUGAAUAAUAACCUCAGGACGAUGAAACGUAUUCGAAUGACACAUGGAAAGUUCGCGGCCCUCGGACUAGGGAAAGAUGGUAAUCCUGUAGGGGGUGAAGAAGGUGACGGUGCUGGUGUCGGUGUUGGGGAAUCGGGUGCCAUGAUGGAUGUGGACGAUGCUGGUGUGGUUCUUGGCGGUGUUGGAAUCGACGAGAGCGACAAGAUUGAUGACAGACCUUGGAUGGUGAGGAUGAAAGAGACAGCAGUUUAUUUCGACGAUAGUGAGGGUGUCGGAAAGACUGAUUUGCCAAUGGUCAGUACAAUACCACCCGCACCUGCCGUUGAUGCUGCCCGUGAAACUCGUCCGGUACCGACUUCUGCCGGGAUAUCACCAGCAACCUUACCUAAACCUGGUAAAAGACGGAGAGCUAAACCGGCUCAUGUUGUGGGUGGGGUUGAAAUGGGCUCGGAGAAUGCAGAUGCGUGUUUGAAGUGGAUGGGAGAGAGGGUGUUGGAACACGCAGGUUUUCAAGGGACAUCUAGGGUGGCACUAAACGUCAUGGCGGGUGUUACCUCUGAAUAUCUUCAGAACGUUGGACGGACGAUCAAAUUUUUGAGUGACAAAUUCGGGAACACAAUGAGUGCGGAGGAAAUAAUCUUACACACUCUAUUUGAAAGCGGGAACUCCAAGGUCCAGGAUCUUGAGAGGUACAUCACAGACGACGUGGAACGUUAUGGCUCACGGUUGGGAGACCUCGAGAAGAAACUCGUCGGUGCAUAUAGAGAAGCUACUGCUGUUGACACAGUUAUCGAUGAGGAUGGCAUUUUCGCUGAGGAUUCAGAGGAUGAAGAUAGUACCUUGGCUCUCGGCGGCUUUGCGGAUUCGCUGGGAAUGGAUUACUUCGGUCUGAAGGAACUUGGCAUUGCAGAAGAAUUCGGCAUGUCAAGUUUGUCUAUUCCCAAGAGGCUGCUCAAGGGAAAGAAGAAGCAGAAUGUGGCUUCCGCCAGUUCCAAGCCUACCGAGCCUCCCUUACCAUAUCCCUUACCACGUCCCCUCAUCCCCCUUACUGCUGCACAAAUACCCAAACAGAUUGGGCUUUUACAACCAUACUACAACCAACGUAUCACGGCGCUCAUACCUCCUACUCCUAUGGUUUCAUCACAACCCCAGCCCCCGAUAUCUGCAUAUCCUUCAAUCCCGAUGUUAGCAGGCCCAACUCUCACUCCCAAUUUUCCUCAGAUCUACAUGCAAGCACCAACUUCCUCGACGCAAUCUCCUGCGCAACCCUCAACACCUCAGCCAUUAUUGGCUGCUUCACCUUCCAAUCCGUCGACGCCUACCACACUUCCACCACAACCGCCAGCGGUAUCCACUCCGACAUCUUCCUCGCAACAACUACCUACUACUGCGCAAACCCCUCAAACUACACAACCCCUACCUGGACCAACUUUACAUCCAUAUCCUCAAGCAUACCCGGCGUACGGAGUGUCGUAUAUGGCUCUCGCAAUGCCUACGGCUCAACCUCAACAGCCACCACCCCCACCACCGCCUACAUUAACAUUGCCAGACGACUCACCUCUGCCAGCGCAAGCCAAGAUGGGUCCGUUAGGUCAAAUCUUGAAGACGGGUGCUAGUGCCAAUCCUGGUGCGAAGAAGAAAGCUGCCAAAGCUGCUAACAAGGUUGAAGUCAAGAACGAGCCAAUACACGAUCAGGUCGUCAAUAAUACCACGGUCGCUGAUCCUGGAUCAGCUGGGGUUGGUACUGGGAGCAACUCAUUGACUGCGACCACCCCACUGUCUAAUGGCAUUCAUCCAACCCCUUCGCCCGUUCCUGGUGAUCCUGGUGGUACGCCGAAGAAGAAGAAAGGUGCUACUGGCGUUGGGACUGGGAACGGAAGAAAGAAGAAGAUACUGGGGGCUGCUGCUGCGCAAUCACAGGCGCAGAUGCAAGUACAGGUACAUCAAGGACAACCGCAGCCGCAAGAGAAUCAAGGUCCGGGUGGGGGGCAGGGACCGCCUCCACCACCUCCGACUUAUACGCCGGUUGUGACUGCUAGCGCCUAGGCUCUGAGAAGGAUAUUGGUGUCGUUAAAUGUUACUUAUCAUUACACUAUUUUUGACUCACUACACUCGCAUUAUCAUCAUCUUUCGUCUGCUCCCUCCCCUCAAGUACCCACAAUCAUGAUUCGUUGGAUAUGUAACAUCAACCCCUUCCCAUCCCAUCCCAUCCCCCCACUGUGUCGUCCAUUGCAAGUUGCUCACUUGAGGUUAAUGCAUUUUGGUUUAUUUUUUGAUAUAUCACUGGAAAAUGCAUAUUUCCCAUUUUG